AUGAUAAAUUAUGAUAAAUGUUAUUGUGAAGUGUUUGGGGAUGUUUUGAAGACUCAAUGGCGACAUUACGUAACGUUGGAGAAAAGAUUUUGUAACAUCGGUCAAGUCAGCGUCAACAGGUGGCGGUCGGGUGCUUCCUCGCCUCAACCACUACCAAGCGCACGAAAUCCGCCACUUUUCCUCAUCGACACUUCUUGUCGCAGAAGUGGGAUAAGACGUCGUCUUCGGCAGUUCGAGUGGGGCGCCCUCCGACGACGUCGCCAGAGUCUCUGUUCGACCGAACGCUCAAGUGAAAUUUACAAAUGAAACAGUUG